AUGGAGCGGGACGACACCGACACCGUGAGCGCGUCCAAAAAGACGAUAAUCGCCAAGAUAUUUAAAGUUCGCAAGAGGAGGGAGAUGCUUUUCGUGCAGGUGUGCUUCAUCUGCAGUGUCCUCUUCGUGGCGUGGAGCAUGUCUGCGCUGUUAACCAAGACAGGUGAGUGUGGUGGAGGGUGGAGGGGGGAAGAGGGGGCUGAGAUGCACCGGGGCACGGGGAGCUGAGAACCGAGCACAGAUCUGCAGUCAAAUCAUGCACCAGCACGAGUGGGUAAAUGAGGAGAUUUAAAGGUAUAGAGCUCAGAAACACGCGUGAGUGUCAAGGACAUCGGAUCAGCUGAACUCGGUUGUUUUCGUGUCCAGAGUCCUGUCCGAAAAUGCGCGCACUGCCUCUGAUCGUGUUGUCCUGUUAUAUCUGCAUCCUAAUAUCGCUCAUGUGGUUCUUUCUGACCCUUCAUAGACCAGGACAGACGCACACACUAGAAUCGGGUCAAAACACUCGGAUCUGAAAUCUUCAUUUCAGGGGCACACGCGUGUUUGCCCGUCUAUGCCGCAGUGUGCGCGCCGUGGCAGCGGCACGUUUUUAAUUUGAGAGGCAGGCUCAUAAUCACGGCGCACGCACACCUCAUGGCUCCUCCACAUGCACGCAGUGACCGACCCAGUCUGCCUCUGCUGUCUUCGCCUUUCCUCCUAAAUCCCUAAAAAUGAAGCAGCAGGCGCAUGAUCGGGCACACCACAGCAACUCUGUGCACAUCGUGCUCAUCAUGAUCACUGCUGCACACACAAACACACACUCUGGAUCACCUCAAUCACACCCCGGGAUCAUCAUCACGCGUGGCCAUCGAGGGAUGUUGAUGUUUUUACGCAGAGGCCACGGACGGUUAUUAAAAGAGGGGAGAGAGGUGGUGAAACGGGAGGGGAGGGGGUAAACAUUGGGACGCUUUAGCUCCCUGAAUGUUACAAUAUUCAGAGCUGGAGCCUGAGGUGUGUGUGUGUAUGUGUGUGUGAUCAUGCAUGAAGGCACACACAGAUAACAUGUAUACACACACACUCUCUCUCUCACACACACGCAUGCACGUCCAAACUCUUACCUCAGGCCCGUGCGAACACUGACACGCAGAGCAUCCCACAUCGCCUCACACUCGGUUAUGUAAUCCAUCGAGCAACCUUGACAUUUCUGCUGGUGAAGAAUGAUAUCUGACACAGCAGCGGGGGUCAGAGGUUAACUAGACGAAACACCCCCUCAGGGACCAGAUGUUUAUGUGACGGGGACAAUAAGACGAUGUCAACAAGAGGUUUUGGAGCUGAGGAGACUUAAAGGGAUAUUCCAGCGUAGAAUUAAUUGAGGAUCAACACCGAGUUAGACCCCCCCCUCCAGAGAUGAAUGUUGUCGACCGCUUGCUUCUCUAGUUAUACCAACUUUAGUAACGACAGCACGAUAGCAAUAAACAAGCCAUAAACAAACCUCAACCAAAACGCCACUCUAUAGGUGGGUUUCUGUGCAAUGUCAUCGCAGGUAUGCACGUGCAGCCUCGGGGCAGAAAGCGGGACAUUUCUUAUUUGUUUACUAGCGAAGUCAACGGAGAAAGAAAAUGACAAUCGGCAAAACAAACGAUCGGCAAACAUCACGACUCUGCUCCUGAUGUUAAAAACAUCGAAAACGACGUCACAACCUGGUAAAUUGAGUGAAAUACAUGGAUAUUAAAGCGAGUUUUUUCUGACAAAGCGAUUUUUCAAUGAAAUGGCAUUUUAUUGCAAUUGUGUCAGGGAGAACUCGCAAACAAUACAGCAUCUUCAUUGAUAUCACUUAACUUCGAAGCAGGCUUUUGCCCCAUGGUUGCGCGCACACCUAGUAUUGUUUGCACACGCUAAACCCAUCAAUAGCUACAAAUAAUGCUCAGAACAGCACCUAACUUCAUCAACAGGACAUAUAGGGUCACAGACAUAGUACUAGACACCAAACAUCUUUUUAACUUUGACUCAUUUCUUUAGCAAAGAGACUAAACACAACUCACCUACUCUCUUCCAGUCCAUUACAGACUACAGCGGGGUGCCGCAGCUCAAGGAAGAACAUUUAUGAUCAACUAUAUGGAAAUACAAUCAGACCGAGACGCUAAGGCAGAAGAACUACCGCGUCUGUAAAAUGAUUAAUAUGGUGAUUAUUACUUCAAGGAAAUGAUAAAGAAAUUAUCAUAAAUGUUCUUCCUUGAGCUGCGUCACCCCGCUGUAGUCCGUAAUGGACUGGCCUGAGGUCUCGCUACAAACAAGCGGCUGCUGGAAGAGAGUAGGUGAGCUGUGUUUAGUCUCUAUGCUAAAGAAAUGAGUCAAAGUUAAAAAGAUGUUUGGUGUCUAGUACUAUGUCUGUGACCCUAUAUGUCCCGUUGAUGAAGUUAGGUGCUGUUCUGAGCAUUAUUUGUGGCUAUAGAGUGGCGUUUUGGUUGAGUGCGUGGCUUUCUGUAUUGCUAUCCUGCGGUCGUUACUAAAGUUGGUAUAACUAGAGAAACAAGCGGUCUGCAACAUUCAUCUCUGGAGACCCCCCGUCUUUCUCGGUGUUGCAGUGCGUUUGACCCUAACUUAAUUUUAUGCCGGAAUAUCCCUUUAAGAAAGAGGACCGCUUCAGUUUUAUCCUCCCUUCUUAAAUCCUCUGACCCCAAACCCAGAGACCCAGACCCCUCUCUUGACCCGGUAUCUCUCCAUCUGCAUCCACUUAGUCCCCAGAGCCAAAUAAUUCAGCCCAACUAUACUGUCAGGCUGCCAAUGCAUGUAUCUGGAGUUUUUAUUAAUUACAUUAAAAACAACAAGAGGCUUAAAAGAUUAUUCUGGACUGAUAUCAUACAUGGAGUGCAAAUCUGUUGUCUCUAAGGGCAGCCAUUGGCAGCCAGAGUCCCACCCCCUCUCUCUCUCACACCCACCCACUCUAGGUUACUAAUGGCUUCCCUUUUCCCCCUUUUAUUUAAUCAAGUUCGCCUGACUGAGGAAGUGAUGGUCAUGUGAGGGAAUUUAGAAAGAAGCCGUUUCUCGUGAGUUUCAGCCCAUGGUGGUUGUGACUGUGCGCGGUGUUUACGGCGGGAUUUGAAGGUGACACACAUGAGGAGAACAUGAAUCCAUGAACCGGGAUCAGACCUGCCUCUUUUACAGUAGCUGUGGCCUUCUCACCGCGGACAAGCAUUUGUCACGUCACAGCGAAAGGAAAAAAAACUACGCCCCGUGCGCACCGCCGAUUUGAUUGAUAGCAGUGUGGGGGUGUGUUGAUGUGCUGAACGGCCCAGAUGGAUGGGAUUUGAUGUACUACUCCUGGGUUACAUCUCCAUAAAGAGGGGUGGGGCGCAACAUGCUGUCGUGCAUGCUGAUCUGGCUCCGUGUGUGUGUGUGUGUGUGUGUGUGUGUGUGCAGUAAAACAGGUGUCUUUGAGAAGCAGGGUAGGGCUCUGACAGGUAGCUGCAGCAGGCUGAGGAGGAGGAAGAGAAGGAGGAGGAGCUAAAGAUGUUAUUGGCAGUAAAAAGGUGAAUACAGUUGUGAAGAGAGCAUGCUCAGUGCACAGUAGGAUUGAUGGACGCUCGUCCUUGGUCCUCCUCCCCCUGAUGAGCGGACCAGGAGGAUGGUGUUACUGCUGUGAUUGUUUCUCUCACACCUCCUCCCUCCUUCUGCAGCUCAGUGAACUCUGAUAGAGAUGUACUCAUGGACUUUUAACAUCAUUUGGUUUAGAUUUUACUGUAAUUAUGUAAUUUAUUCAGCAUAUACAGCAAAAAUACUGGCAAAUGUAAAUAACUUUGAUGCCCAGAUGCUUCAAACCUCAUCGUCUCAUACAGGCGGCACAGACAAGACGUUUUAGGUAUUAUUAUUUUACAUCAAAUGAAGCAGAUAAUUUUCUUUAAAUGUACAUGCUAUUUAUUUUUACAGCCCUUUACAACAACCCUUUCAGUGAACCGAAACUGCUUUACAAUACAUAGUAAAUAAAAAAUGAAUAAAUAAAAACAAUGAAAAACAGAAAACAAUAAAAGCGAUUUUAAAAAAGAACAAGAUACAAUGCAGUAAAAUAAAGUUAAAGAGUCACCACGCUACUAUGUGUGAAAGCCAGCAUAAUGGGUCCAGUGUCCUAGCGACCUUAACCGUAAGAUAGAGACGUGCUAAUGUCCUGACUCAAAACACACAAAGACAUUCGCAUCCAAAUGUCAUAAUAAUGAUAAGAUGAACUUCAUAUAUCCCAGAUUGGUCAGAUUUCAACAUUUGAUCAUUCAAAGCAGCUGGAAAAGUUCUUAAAUGGUUGCGAAACAGACUGACCAAUUUUCUCUGUUUUAUUCGUAAUCUCUAAUCUAGUCUCCACAAACCGAGCGUUAGGUGUCAGUCACGUGAAUUUACUUUAAAACACUGAAAAAGCUGUUUUUGACAUUUUUAUAUCGGAGGAGAUUCUCCGUCAGAAAACACUUCCGACUGCACAGGAGGAGGAAAAGGUCUCUAUUGUUUACAGGGGGCGCCAAAGUCAACACAGAGUCGCUCACUGGAGCUUUAAAGAGACGACCUUAUAAACAUGAGGUUUAUUACUCUGUGAAUUAGCCGGACACAUGGAUUUGCAAUAUGUAAAUAUUUUGGCCAUUAUAAACACAGAUAUUUUACUGCAUUUGACAAAAUACUUAAAAAUUCUUUCUGAACUACUCCAUCCUUAUUUCAUUCAGAUUGAAAUCAAACAUUCAUGGUUAUUUUCUUAAUUUUUAAUAAAUAUAGAAACAAAAUAUCAGCCUCCUGAGGGCAGAUGACGAUAUGUUGAAACUUUAUAAUGAAAAUUUACAGCCUGACUGAAUUUAUACUCUGAGAAAUGUAGUGAAAUACAAGAUUUCAGUUAAAGUACUCAUUGUAAUUAUUGAUUAAAAACAGAAAAGUUCACAAAGCUGCUAAAUUAAAACACAAUAAGUGAUUUUUUUCACCCCCAUUUUACAAACUGAGUGUUUUUAAGUGUGUGUGAGGAGGAAAAACCUCAAAAUACAAAGACAGAAAUGAUCAUGUCGACCUUUUUUCUCUACGCUUUAGAAAUGAUCGUCUUCUAGUCGCACCAAUCCACAUGAUAAAGACUCUAUUAUUUAUCUAUAUCUAUGAUCUGGGUAUUUUCCCUCCUUACUCUGUAUCAAAUCAAAAAGAUCCAUUCAGCUCCUUAAAAAAAACCAGCCUCACAAUCAUUACGCUGCAGAAUCACACGAUUCUUGGCGAGUUUUCACCCACAAAACUCCCUGAUAAUCGUUCACAUGAGAGAUUUCCCGCUGAUAAACAAACGAGGAUGGAUCAGGGCUAAUCAAAAACAUCUAAAUUCAUCGUGACCCCGAAACACUGCGGUCACUGAACACGGAGAACGAGAUGCUUAAUCAAAGUGAGUCACGCCCUCAGAAGACUGCUUCCUAAUUUCACCCCCAGCCUGCCUGGAAGAGUCCUGACAGAAUCACGUCCUCAUUGUUUUUCCUCUUCACAUGGUUAGCAGAGGGGAGAGCGCGCCCGGUCUGUGCAGAAACAAACGCACACGUGUCGUCUUUGUGUGUUUGGUUGUCCGGGGAAAUAUCGCAGAUUUCGUAUCCGGGAGGUGGUCGAAUGAUUCCUCACAUAACUGGCUGUAGAAAUUCACUUUAGAUUUGGCUCUUGGAUUAGAUUUUUUUACAUAAGUCAUCAACUGUUUACCAGAAAAUUAAAAUAAUCCGCUCUGUCUAAACCAGUUUGUCGUGUUAAUUUGAAAUACAAGCGUCUGUGCCCAACACAUGACUCUCUGACUGCAGUGUGUGACCACAGCCAUCAUCUCUUGGCACAGAGUGUUCAUGUUUGUGAUUGUAAAACGUGAUUAUCCGUGUCCUUCCCUUUCUAUUAAACUGGGCGGUGAUUAAUCGUGAGCGUUGCUGGAUGGAGAAGACCAGAGGACGCAGAGGAGUAAAAAGGGGGAGCCGGUUAGUAGAGAGGGGGGACGGGUUGGAGUGAUGGCUGCAGGGUUGGGUUUCUUGGAUGGGGGAGCUGAGGGAAGCAGCUGCAGUCUCAGCCUGUUGGUGUGGAGCCUGCUGAUCGUCAGGCUGUCCAUCUGAGCAGGAUUGAAAAGCAUUUAAUGAAGACGUUUCUGUGCUGGCGCACCAGAAGUACCGUCAGGUUGAGGUAGACGACUCCAGGAGACCACAAGAAGUUAAAAAAGAUCAACAGUGCCAGAAAAAAGUUCAGUUUGGAAGAGUCUGAUGUCUGCCAAGUUUACCGUCUAAAACACUGCGAAUGAAGACUCUCCUCCACACUUCAACUUCUCUCUUCCUCAUCGUCCAAUCAGUGUUAACCUCAGUUUAAGACACCCUCUCCUAUAUGUAAACAGUACUGUACCUUUAAGGGGGCUGUGACGAGUUUAUUUCAUGAUAUAUAAUUAAUCACUGAAGUCGGAAAACAGUUGUUGGUCACAACCAAACUUAAAAAAUGUCAAUUAUUAGUCAAGAUCUUUUACAUUCGUUACACAUUAAAGUCUGUGAAAUGCAUAGAUGUGUUUUCUAUGAUUUACACUUGAUACAGCCAACUGCGUAGCUCGCGAAACGAACGUCGGCAUCUCAGCGAUUCUUUGCCCCUCACGGUUUUCGACAGGUUCGACAUUUGUUCGGCAGCUUCAGCAUUAUUAGUGAGCUCACUUCAGUUGGAUUGGAUGCUUCAGUUUAUCACCAGUAACACACUUUUCUCCCCCGACUGAAGCAGAGCGCCGGAAUGUCAAGAGAAUGGCGCCCAGUUUUACGAUUUAAAUUCUAAAAGGCUUAAAUGAAUGUGAAUAUUUCAGUGUGGAAAUUGAAACGCUGUAAAGAAACGCUGGAAUUCCUGUAAGCUAGCCUGUCACAUCGCCAUCUUGUUUCUGAAUCGAUCGGUUGUUUAAAUAAAGUUUUUACGUAAAUUUGCACUUGCGCAGUUCGGAUCGGGUAGGUGGCGACUAACUGCCGUAAAAUACAUUGAAAUGUCAAGAGAGGAAGUGACGUACAUUUCACACAUGCGCAGUAAAAAAUCAGGCUUUCGGGACGUGAUAUUUUUUUUGUAGGAUGGUAGGGGAAAGUCCUGCCCCCUUCGCCUCUGAUUGGCUAGAAAAGCUGGAAACGUCAUAGCACGCGCAGGCCAAAUGCGGACUGUCGGCUCUGUACAUCGAACAUCGAAUGAUCUCACUUCUGAAUUUCCUAACCCUAACCCGACAGACGAUAACGUUUCACAGCCAUAAGGAAUAACCAAUCGGAGCCCAGAACUUCUAGCCAAUCAGAGGCGAAGGAGGCGGGACCUUCCCCUACCAUCCUACAAAAAGAAAGUUUGCUUCUGGGAUGGAUUGGGUAGCGACACGUACAAUGAUACUGCGCAAGUGGUGGUUCAGGAAGUGGAGAAACUCCAAACUGAGAGCACUUCGGUUUCAAAUUCGUAUAAUGACGAUAGGCAGAACCAAGUUGUCCAUAAGGUAUACAGUCUAUAGUUACAGCUUAACUUAAAAUCCUCAAUAAGUGUGAAUUAUUAGUCAAGAUCUUUUACAUUUGUUACACAUUUGAUCAUAGCAGGCUUUCCUAAAAGUCAGUAAACUGUCUUCAAAUUAGCAUUUCAGGCCGAGUUUUCCCGUUUGUAACCCUCUCUGGUUUUCCCCCGUCCGUGUUGAGCGUCACUUCCUCAAAGUUGUCACCAGAGUUGUGAGUGAUCCUCCAGAGACGCUCACAUGGUGGAGAGGGGAACCGUUACUCAACAACACUGACAUCAUGUGAGUCAACUGCUGCUCUGAAGUCUUCCACCACCGUUAUGUAAGAUUGAGAAGCUAGACGGAGUUCGGCUGCUGAUGAGCACGACCGUCUCUGAAGCCCCAGACCGCUUCCAAACACCGACAUUUUAUGAAAAACUGCGAGUGCACAGAGGUUCUCAGUGAUUUUAUGUAACUGAUUUUGGAGUCGAGUUUUUGAUGUCCUCAUUACAGCGGCUUAAGAGCAGCCAAAUGAAAAAAUGAAUCACUCCCACCCUGAAACAUGCUGCUGCUCCAACAGCUGCAGCGUGAUGGUGUGCUGAUGAAAUGUGAUAUCUGCAUUUAAAUGAGAGCUUAUCAAGAGUUAAAGUGAUGGACGCUUAUGUAGAUUAAUCACAGGGGUCUUAAUUGAUGUUUUGAGUAUGGGGGUGUCCAUAUUUGCUGCUUUCAAAUGCUUUUAGUUUUUGCUCGAGGUGAUUUUACGUAUUUUAAAUCUGAAUCUUCAUGAUAGUUUUAUUCAUGAUGAGUGGACGGUCAGUGAAGUCGGUGUGUUUCUGUCGCAGGUCAUGGGAUGCUCGUAGAGGGACAUUCGAACGCCGAGCACUGGGGGAGACGGCUCAUGGCGUCGGCGAUGGAGAACGAAACGGAGCCGAAGAACUGUUCAUCGCCAGGUAUGCUAAUCUGCAACCUCAAAGACCUUUUAAACACACCACGCUUAAAAUGACAGCAGUAUAAAAGCUAAUGAAACUGAAUUAUAGUGACAGAGUUAUAAACCUGCAGCUAAGACCAGAUUUAGAGGGUAUUUAAGUCUCUUUUUAAGACCAUUUUAAGUCCUUUCAAGCUGAUUUUCUUUCACUCUUGCUGUUUUCAAUCGUCGUACCACCACAAAAAUAAUAAAAACUUAAUUUUCUAUCAGAGUUACCUUUUAAAGAAUCACUGAAUGUACUUGGCAGCAUAACCAAGAGGGGCUGAAUAACUGUUCAGCGUCAGGUAUGCUAAUCUGCAAACUCAAAAACCUUUAAAAAACUUUUAAACAAAGGACGCUUAAAAUGACUGCAGUAUGAAAGCUAAUGCAACUUAUUUAUAAGGACAGUUACAAACUAGCAGCUAAAACCAGAUUAAGAUGGUGUUUAAGUCUCUUUUAAGACCAUUGUAAGUCUUUUUAAACAGAUUUUAUUUCACUUUUGCUGUUUUCAGUCGUCGCACCACCACAAAAAAAAUUUUCUCUUUGUUGAACACAUGAAUACACAAAAAAAUCAAAUUAACAUUAUAUAAAUAAAAUAAAGCCCCAAGAAAUAAAAUAUAUUCACAAGAGACAAAAAAAUACGUACUUCCCGGUAUGAUCGCUUUUAUUUUGAAAAGCUUCAAAUCAACCGGAAGUUGACUGUGUUUGGAUAACUUGUCUUUAACCGCUGUCAGCCACAACAACCUGAAACCAUAACAGAGCCUCAUGUGGGUGAAAAUUGAAUAAACUCUUAAUUAAUUGAGUUGUUUCCUAUUAAGUCUAUUAUUGAAAUCUUGUUAAAUAAUCAAUAACAGUGAGGGCGGAUGUGAUUUCAGAGCCUUUAAAGGUUCAAUUAUUGUGAUCAGUCUGCUAAUGAAUGCACAACUACAGUCUGAGGAUCAAUAGAUGAUCUCUCAGUUAUAAUACAGAAGGAGCUCAAAGUUCGAUCCAUUAGUUUGGGUUUUAAUUGAAGCGUCUUUAAUUAACUCCUGAGUCCGGCUCUAUUGUUCUGACUCAGUUUGGAUCACUUCUCUGUAAUAAGCACUGAGAGGGCUAUUAAAAGGCUCCGUUAUUGAUUAGGUUACAGCAUCCGAAAGGAAAGCAGACUUCUCUAUAAUUAGUUAUUCUGGACCGUAUGCUGACGGAUCCACUCACUCUGCUUACGUCUGCAGCUGCUGUGGGAAACAUCACCGCUGAAGUUUCUCAUGACAGGAUUGUUGUUGUUGAGAAGGUGCAGAAAUCAUUUGUUUUUUCAUUUCCAUGUGAUUUGAAUAUCCUCCGACCUGACUUGAGCUGUGUGCGUGACCCUGUUAGGAGAGUCUAAGCAGAUGGGUUAGAGGAGCAGGAAACAUAAUCGACUUCUUUGAUUUGUUGAAUUUGGUUCAAGCAAAAAAUACACACAGUUAGAAGUCAAACGUUGAUUUUAAGAUAUUUCCCUGUCAGGGGAAGCAACAAGAGAACGAUUUAGGAAAGAAAUGGUUGUACGUGGUUUCCCUCUGCAGACUGCCUCAAGUGGACACUCAAGGAACUGCAGUGUUUAGCUCUGCCGCUUCAGCUUCAUUUCUCAAGCACGGGGUUGCUGCUUGAUAUUGACGCCAUCGGUCAAGAUCGAACCCAGGCCGCCUGCAUGAGGUAGCUGAGUGAACAACGUGAACUGAAUCACUCCGAGACCUGAUUCGUUCCUUUCUCAGUUCAGCUGAGCUCAGCCGCGAGUCUGGCGUGUCAGUGGGGAGUGGAUCUGCCACUGUUGGCUCUUUUGUGAACGACACACAGUCAGCGAGCGAGUGAGCGGGCAGGUGGAGUCUCGUGAUUUGCUCACAGCGAAUGAACUGUAAGGAUUUAAUUUCAGCCGAUUUAAAAAAAUACUCUGAUAUCUUUAAAUGUAGCAGACAACGACUCGCGCUCCUUUAGCGGUGUGCUGCUCGCUGCUGUGUUGUUUCCACCGACGGUGACACACAGAGAGGUGAGUUUUUCAGGGCUGGGGAGUGAUCCUUACUUCAGGACUUGGCGAAUGAACGACAUGUGUCACCCAGUGAACGACGCUGUGACUUCAGCAGCAGGGGAGGGAAGGGGCUCUGAAGCACUGACUGAUUCAGUGAACGAAUCUUUUGAACAAAUCCUUUUAACGAACUGAUUCUAAAGAUUCAGUUCAGUUAAAAGAACUGAUCUUCCCAUCACUAGCAUAAAGCAGGACUACUUUGACCUUGAGGCCAGGGGGACUCCACCCUUUGAAGGUCAUUUAAAGGACGUGGUCGAGGCCUGGUUAACACUCUGUGAUUGAUUACCGCGAUGACUCAUCAACAUGCAACAACUCUACUUUGGCAUAUUACUGCUGAUUAGUUCAUAUCAUCAUGUAUUUAAGUCGUCAACUUCACUGUCAAGCAGACGCACAAGUCUGGGAACUUGUGCCGACAUUGCGAGCACGUCGUUAGAUCCGUCUGACUGGUCGGCAGCAGCUGAUCGGCGAGUGAUUGGCCCUUGUGCCACCCCGAAUGACGAGUAAUCGAGUCAAAUUCAGCCUGACUUCACAAUCAGUCAUGACUCAAACACCGAGCCAGAAUCAUCUUUAAUUUUCAGAGUUUGUACCCAGAGUAUGUCUGAGUUUAAAGUCGUAAAGCGUAAAUGUUUCUGACCUGAAAACUUAAUUUGACUCUGAGAAUGAUUACCCGAGUAAAUGGAGGCAGUUGUAUAUUAGAUUUGAAGGCAGGAGGAAGAUAAUUUAGAAAGUAAUUAUAUUAGUUUUUAUUUUUAUUUUUUGGCAGCCUCAGAAGUGACCCAGUAAGGACUAACUGGCUGUAACUUUAUUCCUGGUUUAUUACUGACUCAUCUCCUUCAGAAUCGGCCAAACAAAGAUUUAUUGUUCAGCUGUAAGGAGGUGUUUUUUUUCUUAAUGUGAGUUUAUUCAGAGCGUCGGUUCGGUUCCUUUUGAAAUGAGCGCCAAAUGACGAGAUUACUCGCUGGAAGUUUUCCCGUAAUCUUCCAGGAUUACCUUCUUUCUUUUUUUCCAUUCAGAUGUCGUCGUCAGCUGAGCUCCACUUUCAACACAUUCCUCAUCAGCUGGUCCUCCUCUCCUUUGUCUCCCCCCCUCCUCCUCUCUUCCUGCUGGUCAGUGGGAGGUGGUCAUAUGACUCUUUAGUUGUCGGGUCUCGUGAAUAAUCCUGUUGUAGUUUCAGACUUCAGACACGUCAGCUGACACUGGCGCCGAUUCAAGAUAGUCAUGAAGAGGCAAAGUUUUUUUUUUUUUGUCUCUUUUCACAUUAACAGUUUUUGUUUUUCACAUUUCAGUUUGACUCUAAAUUAUCUAAAUUAUCUUUAUUUGGUGUAAAAACAGGACAGAAAUUUUAGGACUAACGGACGUGUUUGAGGAGUUUGGGUCAUAUGAGAGAUCACCCAGAAGGUUUUAAUAAUAUCAAGAAAAUGAGAUUAUUCCCUGAUUAUUCUUGGUUAGUUAAAAAUCACACAAAGAGCUUUAUUUGUCACAUGCUUCACGGACUUGAUUCGUAGAAAAUCUCGUCUUUGUUUUGAAAACUUUCUAAAUGUUACUCCGGAUUUUCUGUCACUGACUCUAUUAAAGCAAAACAAUCCGAUUAUUCGACUGUCUGUCUGUCUGUCUGUCUGUCGGUGUAGAAAACUCUUAUCUAGAUGUUUCUCGUCGUUAGUGUCAGAGAGAUCCGCUCGGCGUCUGCUUCAUCUGUUCUCGCCGUCACGUGGUUUUCUGGAUAUUCAGAAAAGUUUGUUUCUUACUGAAAAACUUGCAGUGAAAACUGAGACAACAUAGAAGUCUUAUAGAGUGGAGAGGCUGGAUGUUAAAUAUGUAAGGGGUGUAAGUAGGGCUGGGCGACAGGGGAAAAAGUUUAUGAUGAUUAUAUUUUUUUUCAUGUAUCAGUCGAUAUCGAUAUAGAUCACGAUAUGAAAAUCUUAAAUGUUCCCUGUUACUCUUAAAUGAAUGCAACAUAAAACAGUUUCAAACACAACUACAAAUAAAUUUUAAAAAGAUUAAUUUGAAAACUAAAAUCUCGUCUCUUUGACGUUUUGUCGUAAGGCGUUGCGCUCGAGAAAGACUGAAUGGUCGCCGUGGGCUGCUUCGCACUUUCUCUGCUUUGUGGUUCGUAACCUUUUGCAAUUUUGCAUGCUCUGCCACAUGGCGCUGCUUCAGUUGGUGAAAAAGAUUUGAGGUAUUCCCCGACUUUGCAGGAACAUGAACUCAACAUAAUUUACUUGGGUGGGAGAAAAAAUCGAUUCACAUAAGUAUCGCGAUUUUUUAUUUUACAAUCUUUAAAUCGAUUUUUUAUUUUUUGUUCAAAUUUUAGAAUAAAUCUAAAAAACUGACUUAUAUGUGACGUGUAUUUUCGUGGAAAUAUUGUUCCUGGAGUAGUUCAGUAGACAAUCAUAAUCAUUCAACUGUUUCACUGGAGGUAAAAAUGCAGACAAAGAAUCGGGAAAAUCGACAAUACCGUAAAAUCGCGAUUUAAAUCAAAUCGGCAUUCAAAAAAUCGUAGAAGAAUCAAAUCGGAAGAAAAGCAUAUCAUCCCAGCCAUCGUAACCCCAGUUAUUUUCAGUAGUAUAGAAAAUUCCGACGCUUCUGAAUGCAACAUCAGAAUACUUUUGAGAGUUGCUGAGAGACGCAGCAGACCUUCGCGUGGAUAACAAAACGUUCAGCUGUCGUAAAUUUGCAUCCAUGCCAAAUUGAAGCUGUGACUCAGAUUGUCCUUUUCCUCUAAGACCUGUGGUGAGUUUGAAAACUUGUUUGCGUGUUUAACCCCUUGAUUGUAACUAUAUGCAAGGGGGCGUUAGUUGGUUACAUGAAAUAAAUCUACAUAUUUUAUAGUAGCCAUACCAAAAGUAAAAUCAAUUAUAAUCAUCAUCUCAAAGUCACUUUUGCUCGUAGCCGUCCCCCUUUUCAAAACAAACUGACACCCUUGUAUAUUUAAUUAUCGUUUUAUCGCCCAGCCCUAGGUGUAAGUAAAAAUUUGAGACAGAAAUGAAGCAGAUAUGUGAUUCUUUGAGAUGGGGGACACUCAAAGUGUGUCAAAUGGUCCAGAUCAGCUCGACUUGAUCCACUUUGUUAAGAAUCAACCAGAACCUUUAAUCAGAAACCAAACUGUCUGCUCUUUUUAUCUGUGAGAGUCUCAUGAACUCAGACAGAAGUCGUCCCGGCUGAUGCAGAGGGGUCGAAAAGCCCCUCAGUGCGCAGGAGUCAUUGUUUGUGUCCUGAUGAUCCACCAGUGAUGCGUGACCCCCCUCCGCUCCUUCAGGGUGAAUCACCCGGCAUGGAUGGACCUGCACUUGAUUGGAUAAGAAUUAUUAUUUGGGGCUUUUGUUUUGUUUUUUUCUGCUGAGUGAGGACAGCAGCGUCCGUUUAAUGAAGCCGCCACCGCCACUGCUGAUGUUUGUGUCGGCUGCGUAGAUCACACUCAGCCAGCUCCGGUCUCCCCGCCUUCUCCUCAUCAUUAUUUCUCCAAUCAGCGAGGGAGCCCUUCUCAGGAUUUCACGGGGCACUAAUGUUGUUUUGCUUGUCCUGCUGCUCCGGCUUCACAUUCACAUUCAUCACAGAUGCCUCUUUUAUUGGCCGUAACUCCCGGGAAGCACAAGGUGCUGUCCAAACUGUUUUUUAUGCCCUCUGCUACCCUAUAAUACGUGCUUGUAAUUUAGACAAGAGGCUGAUAUAACCUCUGAUUAUUCCUUUUUCAACAGUCACAUGCACUCUUUGAGUCACAACACCCCUGAGACGCUUCCCUCCUGCAGCGGUCCCAUGACGGAUGACACAUGUGCCCCAAAUUAGCGCCUCGAUUCGACAAGUUGCAAAAACCUCUGUUUCUAUUUCGGCGCUCGGAUGUUUUGUGAGUCUUUUCGCCCCGGCUGAGUGAGGGGAUGCGUGUCUGCUGAGAAAAGACUCGAGGUUUACUCAGGGACACAGAAUAUUAGAUUAUGUUCUCUCAUAUGUUACCCCUCCCCAUGUGGGACAAACCGAUGCCAACUAUGCAGCACAGAAAAUUGGAGAGGGGGCAGAGCGGCACGGUGGCGGUGGCUAAUGUCCUGUAGGAGGAAUAAUGUGCUUUUAAUAAAGAUGCAGCUAAUGCUUUAGAUCGAGAACUCCUACUUGGGCGGCCUAAUUGGCCUGGUGCGUGCAGACAACAGUCGAGAGCACAAACGAACGACAAAAGAGCGGUUUUAACGCCGUUUCUACGAUGAGUUAAUCUGACAGGAUUUGAUUAUAAUGGUGUUAGAUAAGGACCCUAAUCUGCCCAGAAGCAGGGCGUGAAGGAACCGCGGGUUAUCUUAGAAAUGCCGCAGCGCUGAUCUGGUGUCAGUGUUUUCAGACAAGUUCAGACAAAAGGCAGAAAUUGGAGCAAAGAGGAGAUGAACUAUUCCGGGUGGGGUUUUUUUGUUUUUGUUUUUGGCUGCAGUACGAAGACGAAAUCUGCCAACGCGUAGAAGCCGGUCCAAGUUGGAAUGCAGGUUGGUCAACUCCAGGGAAACACCAGAAGGAGCCUAUUUUAAAAAGGAAUUACACAAGCAGGGAUUAGGCUGCUGUGCAUAAUGGAAACUGACCUCGCUCUGCUUCCCGCUCGCAUGCCAAUGUGGGAACAAUGCAGCGGCGGAGAGAGAGAGAGAGAGAGAGAGGAGAGCGGGCGAGGAGGCACCUGAAUAGGAAACAGUCUCUGUGUGCAGUUCAGCUCCGAGACACUUGACCUCUUUAAGUUCAUGAAUUCACAGGAUCUUUGUUUAUCUGUGCCGUCUUCCUGUCAUCAUGAAUUACUGCAGUGUUGGCGCAAAGACUAAAAACAUUUAUAGAUGUUUGUGGUUAAAUACUACGACAGAGUAUUAGGGCAGGGGUGGGCAACCAUGUGCCAUGGAGAGCCGAGAGGCCAAAACUCCACCAGGUGAUUUCACUGAUUAGUCUCUGCUCUCUGCUCGGAGGUAAUCAGUGAAAUCACCUGGUGGAGUUUGGGUUGGAAAGUAAACCUGCAGCCUGGUUGCCCACCCCUGUAUUAGAACCACAUUAAGAAAAAAAAUGAUGACUUCGAGAUUAAAGUCAUUACUAACGAGAAUCAAGUCGUAAUACAAUCAUUAUUUACAAGAAUUAAAUCAUAAUAAAAUCAUUUUUUACGAGAAUUAAGUCGUAAAGUAAAUUUCGUCUUAAAUCUGCUUUUGUGGAGUAAAUGUCUGAGCUGGUCGACUGCAGAGUUAUCUGUUGGUGCAUCAGUUGGUCAUUCAGAGAGUUUUUGUGGUUUCUGAAGAAACAAUCCAACUGAUGAUCAACAUUUGAGAUUCACAGGGAGUCGAGCUUCGACAAGCACGUCCUGUAGCAACCUCCACCUGCAGAGGCACCAACACCUUAUGGCAAAUAGAUUCAUACGAUAAACUAAAGACAUAUGAAAUUGUUGUUCUAAACGGCUGCAUUGAGGGAUUUAACCUCGGCACAGACACUUCCAGACAUUUCCCCCUCUUCAAAAACAGCGAUUCCCUACAAGUCUGCCUGGUUCUUUCAGAAAAAAGAUGAAUUUCUUUCAUAUGUUCUGAUACUUCCGAGGAUGUGAUGCUGAAAUGCCAAAGGAUUCAGUAUCUUCUUGUUUGUGAAACCGAACUACUGAAGUUCAAUUCAUCUAAAUGCUCCACAACACUCAUUUAAACAAUUAACAACAGGUUAGGAUAGACAUUAGCUAUUAGCUACGACUUUUUUUCUCGUAAGAAAUUACUUUAUUAUGACUUUAUUCUCAUAAGUAAUGAUUUUAUUACGACUUUAUUCUCGUAACUAAUUACUUUAUUACGACUUUAUUUCAUAAGUAAUUACGUCUUUAUUCUAAUAAAUAAUGAUUUUAUUACAAAUUUAUUCUCGUAAGUAAUUACGUUAUCAAUCCUCGUCUUAAAUUUAUUUUUCUUAAUGUGGUCCUAACACUCCGUCGUAGAAUACACGUGGAAAUUCAGUGAUUAUAUUUUGCAGAUUUUCUGAACAGCAUCAACAAAGGCGCUCCAGACUGUAUUUCUUCUUCUUCUUCUUUUCUCCAGACUCUUCGGUCUCUCUCUCUCUAAUGUGUUUUUCUUUUCAUCAUAACCAAAGCCAUUAAGGACAUUUCCCGGGUUUGAAAGGUGGACCGUCACGGCGCUGAGGUCGCUCCGCUCUCUCUUUGUUGUUGCAGAUCCGUUCCUCACCCCGAGGGACUUGUUUACCUAUUCCCGGACACAGCUGAAUGCAUACAUUUCACAGCGGUGUCCCCUUCAGGUUAUUGAACCAGGACUCUUCUGGUCCACCUGCUUUGGCCUCCCCCUCACACACACACACACACACACACAUAAACACACACACACACACACUCUCACUGCAUUAAAGCUGAGGGGAAUUCAUGCUAAAAGUAGACGUGUAGUAGGUAUGCGAGUGUGCUCAUGCAGGUGAAAUUGCAUGCGUUAAAGUGUUAACACGACCACGUGAGUGCGCUUGUACAUGUGAGGUUUAAGCAUGUGUGAGUAUUGACCCAACAAGAGGAUCAUGUAUUUUGUUUUUCAUGCAUUUGUCGUGCAGAUUUUCCCACAAGGCGACUCGUGACGAUGUUGUCAUGUUUGUAAGAGCGGCUGAGUCGCAGUCGUCGAGUCAUGCUGCGCUCACUGAUGUGUGCCGGAGCGAGCUAAUUAUCUAAUGGACUAAUAAUGACCUGGAGGGAUCCUUCUCCUCUGAGGAGUCUCUUGACUACUGUACCGGCAUGUCAAACCUUAUCCCGUUAAUGACCUGGCAGGUCCGUGGGUCUGUGUGCGGCCUGUGACAGAAGGUAGCGCCAGGCACUCGGCCAAAACAUCUUGCUCACAUCGUAGUAUUAUUAUUUGGCAGAUUAAAACACGAUGGCGUUGUGUCAGAGCGAUCUAUUUUAAGAUUGGAGGGAUUUUUUCAUUGCUCCAUCUCAGCCUGGAUAUCUAAUAAUGUGUGCUGCAGUGUCCCGUCAAACUCCCAUCGCUGGUGUAACAGACGGCGCCCAAUACUGAGCUGCAUUAUGUAACAACGCCACCAUCAUAUCUGGAAUAUUACCAGAUUAUGGAAUUAAAACGGCACAAAUGUAAAGAGGAGCUGGCGUGCUCUGCCUUUAAAACGUCAAUAAAUUAAAGUUGUCUGAGAGGAUUUUCAUAUUUAGCACGAGACAUCUGAAAGGACAAUAAACAAGGAUGUUUUGUUGGUUUAUUCUCGGUCGUGCGGGUCUGAAGUAAUAACAUGUGAAUCUACAACAAUAUAAAAGAACUGAAGGAUUAUAUAUUAGGAUAAAAGACAGAACAAUCGAGUCCCACACCUCUUCUUGUUGGUCCAAUCUGGUUUAUUUUUAGAUCAGAAAUCACAAACGGUUCAAUAAUCUGCGUCAAACACACCAAGGGAGCUGAAGAGGUUCAUUUUAAAUCAACAAUAAAUUAAUUAUGUGAGUCAAUGUUCAGUGAACAGGUGGUAUUAAAUAUUUAACACACGUUUCAAAACAAAACACUGAAAAUGUUGUGUAAUGCUUAAAAGAACCAGUUAAUGUGUUAUCAUUAUUAGAUUUAAAACUAGUAUUUUAAAGAGGCCGAAUCUUUCACAGGUAAAACUGUUUAACAAUGUCAUAUAUAGGUUUUCAUCAGCAGCAAUUCACAUCAAUAAAUCUCUGGUUACUAGGGAGACGAAGACCUCUCCUCAGUCUGCACUGCAGUAAAUGGGGACACAUAGGGCUGGGCGGUAAACUGAAAAUUUACAGAUACCAAAAUUUACGACAAUAACUGACGUCAUUUUGCCCAUACCUUCAUAUUUCAUGAUCACAUGGCGUCGUAGUUAAAGUCUAAACUAGUGUGCGCUAACAGAAAACAUACAGGACUUCAUCAUUUCACUUAGAGAUGCAUCGAUCUAUUUUUUUCCGAUCCAAUCGAAAAUCAAUACCUGGGCUGAGCAUAUCGGCCGAUAUCCGAUACAGAUCCAAUACUAUUGUUAAAUGAAUGAACUGUAUACCUUACCCUAAACAUUUAAUGCAAAAGGAUGGACAGACAUAGAAUAUAGAGCGAACAGAAUCGCUGUGUUUGAUAUUAAUUAAAAGAAAAAAAAGACAGGAUCGGAACGCUGGAUCGGCGUCAUUCAUCAGAUAUCUGAUCCAGUUAAUUUGUCAAUAUCGGAGCCGAUAUCUGAUCUAUAUGUUGGAUCAGUGCCUCACUAAUUUCACUGCUCUCCUCAGUUCCCAAAUCUCCACAAUUAUCCUGACAAUAGUAAACACUUCUCAUUGUUUUUUGACUAAAUAUGAAUAAAUAUCAAAUUCUUUCAAACAGUUGGCGCGUCACCCAAACUCUGCGUGAAUCUGGGUUUUCAAAAUGAAUCUAGGUCAUGCAUGAAAAUAAUACCUCUCCUGAUUUAACCCCCAAAACUCUGACUCCUCCUCUCCUCUCUUUCCUGCAUCCUGAUGAUUCCCACGCCAUCCCUAACUGACCAGAAUUUAAGCUGUUCGUGAAUAAGAUCACCUGACACGUCUUACAGGGACUCAGACUUUAAAACGACGCCUGGGAGGAUUGAUGAGCGAAGGAGGAGGAGGAGGAGGAGGAACAAAAGUGUUGCCAGUAAUUUCUUGCAUAAGCGCCGCAGUCAGGUGUCCAAACAGAGAAUCCGGAGUUUAUUUAUAGAUUUGAAGCUCAGACAUCUGAAGGGGACUGUUUUUUUUUUCCCCUCAUGCCUGCCGCACCAGCGCAGACGUUCCCCGUGUGUGUGAACUCGCUGUGUCGUUUCCCUCAGAAGAAGAAGAAGAAGAAGAAGAAAGCCUCCACAUGUAAGGAGAGCGAACCUGCUCUCUCCCAGAUCAGAGAAAACGAACUUCUUUACUUUAGUUUGUACAACAGAUGGUAUUUUAAAGGCCUCAUUCCUCAGUAUUUGGUCUAUUUACCUGAACAUCUAGAAUAAGUACAUAUUUAGAUAAAGAUGUCUGCAUGAGAGCUGUACUGGAUGAUAAAUGAGGACUUUAAGUUGUACUUUAAAUGUCAGAUUGUACUUUAGGAUUAUCUAUAAUUCAUGCAUAAGUGAGAUGAUCUAUAAGACAACCUUUCUAAUAAUUCGCUGCCUCUUAUAUAUUUUUCCCCGUGCGUGCAAAAACGACGUUUUGAUGAUCAAUCCAGCCGAGCCGCACAUUAUUUAUGCUUCUAUUUAUGGACCCUCAUUUGAGAUGCAUCACAGGAGCAGAUCUGUGCGUCGGUCGGUCGGUCUCCUGUGCGUACAUCCUGUCCCGUCCUUGUGUGGAAAUCGGCUGUGGAAGCAUGUCCGUGUGACCUCCACAGGGAGGAGGAGACGCCCACAAACCACCGUAGAUGAUGUCUGGUCGGACGUUUACAUCGACAGGAGGGUGACCCCCUGCCCGCUCAUCGCCGCCGCGCCUGUGCCCUCUAAAAAACCUUGGGGUGAUCGCCUAUUUUUAACCAGAUCUGGAAUAAAUGUACACGGCGGUGAAGGGGUAACCAAAGAUCAGGGGCGGUGAAGGUGUUUAAUUAUUGAUCAAUCUCAAACCCGCAGAUUUGGGAGCCGAGUAGAGACGCAGCCUUGAACGACAACGACGAUGACGGGACACUUCAGCCUUCAACGGCGAGUUUAAUAUAUGGACGCCUGACUGUUAUAUGAGGAACCGGCUGGACUUCAGCCUUCAGGAGUUUGUCGUCUGUCACCUCUGAGGGCAAGGCUGACAAAUCCUCUGACUGAUUGUGCUUUUCCCAGCUUUCCACUUCAGCAUAUAAAGCUGUCAGAAAUCGAAUAAGCUGCAGUUUAAUACGGCGAUGAGCAUCCAGGUGUCAUCCAGGUGUUCGCCAGUUUCUCUUUACUUUUUAAGGUCAUCGUCGUCAUCACUCACAGACUCAGCGGGUCGUUAUUCUGUCCUGUCACCGCCUCACAAAGAGAGUUUCUUUAUUCUACCAGGUUAAUAUGUUCGAUGACAUGUGGAGAUAUAAAAAUCCAGCUCGUCUCCGUGUGAUGUAAUUCGCUGAAAUCCAGGAUGCGUGCGGCUGAUUGAGCGGGCUCAGACUCCAUACUGUGUGAAUAUGUGAUUUGCCUGUUCAGUGCUCCAAACGCAGCAGCAGCAGCGAAUCAGUCAUGUGGAUUUCAUAGACAGGCAGCGGUGAGGUCGGGACAGAUGCAGAGAGAAGUCUCAGGUGAGCGCUGUUCCACUUCGCGAGUCCAUAUGUGACAAAUCUUCUCUUGACGUAAACAGCAGCGGUCUCCUGACUCAGUCAGACGGAUUUUGUCCUCAAAUCUCGUGUUUUUUUUUCUUUUUUCUACGAUAACAAAACAGACACACAAACAUGCUUGAUAAUUGUAGAUUAAAAAUGUUGUAUUAGCGCUUUAACAGCAUUUUGAAAUCUAGACCCAAGUAUCAACACUGACUCAAUUUAAAGGUACUGUGAGGAACUUUUGGUUUGUGUCAAUUUCAGCACCCCCUUGUGGACAAACCUGGCUUUGCAUUUGUCCCUUAAACAGGCCGACACCUACUUUUCUUUUCUGGCAUUUAAAAUAAUACAGGUUUCCUACACAGUCAGAAUUUCCAGAAUUUUCCAUACCCUACUUUUUAGAAUUAUUUUUUGAAAUACAGACUUUUUCACUGUGGUAAUAGUCUGUAAACUUAAAUAUUUUUCCAUACUUUAUUUUCAUUUACCACACUUUUUAAGACCUGGAAACUGAUCAAAUUACUUCCAUACGUUUUCAUAUGUUUCCAUACUUACGUAGGAAUCCUGAAAACAGGAUAUAAAAAUCUUCAAUCCUGUCCCUGAUAGUCUUGCUGCCUUUGAAUAACAUAAAAAGACGUUAAUAUGAAUGUCAGUCAUUUUCAUUAACAAUAAAAAUCAACACAGGAUCUUUUAAAAACAAACAAAAAAAAAACACAUAAAACAAUACCUAGAUUAAUUAUUUUUAGGGGAUUAGAGCCACAUGAAGAGAGAUUAAAGUCGAAAUUUCCUGAUUAAAGCCAAAAUUUUGAAAUUGAAAGAAUCAAAACUAUUGAAACUAUGUCGGAAUUCUGAGAUUAAAGUUGAAAUGUCGUGAAUAGCGUGAAAAUAUGAAAUUAAAAAUAUUAAAAUGUUGAGAUUAAAGUCGAAAUUUCGAGAUUAAAGUCGACAUGAAUAAAGUUGAAAUUUUGACUUUAAACUCUAAAUGUAAAUUUAAAAAAUAUCCCACCUGUGGUUAUUUUUUUUCUGCUCUUGUGGCCCUGAUCCUUUUUCAUAAGUGCCAAUUUUCAUAUUUUAGCUCCAUCCAGCCCCCUUUGUCCCCAAAAUGUAGUAGGAACCGAGGUUAAGGUGGUUUCAGACACAAACAUGAACACAGUACAAAGACACUUCAAUCUCAUAACUUUGAAACUACUUUAAAAACUUUCUAUCAGGCUGUAACUUUUAAGGACUGUUUAAAAUCCUGCAGGCUCGGUACAAGAAGAGACAGAAUGUGAGUUUGCAGCUCCGUCCAAACAGAACCGGGUCAGUCAGGGGCCGCUCUCCACAGAUGCUGGGUCUUCUCAGGAAGACAGCCAGCUAGUGUCCCCCAACCAGGUGCACCGUGGAGCGUUUGUGCUCCCGGAGACGUGAGCCGUAUGGCGGUUACCAUGAUCACACUGCGCUCCAGCUGGAGCUCUGGAUGACGGAUGACGAGUCCUCAGCAUGGGAGCGUUUUCUGCCGGUCCGCCUUAAUUCUGUAUGACUUCAGACGCUUAAUAUAGACCCAGCUUUUACAUCCGCUCAGAGGAGACGGUUCUGGUUUGCUUCAUUUUUCUCUGAAGAGGUUUUGAGUGACGUGACGGACUGCAGAUAGAAACUGGUUUCAAAGCUUCAAAGGUCUCCGUGUUGUUGUUUUCUUCAGGUUGUUUUCAUGAUGAUCUCAGGCUGCUGUUAGAUUUGCAUACAGCCUCCUCUGGUCGUGGUUCCACAAUUUAGUCAAAUAAGAUAAUUCAGAUGAAACAAGAUGAGAGGAAACAUCAGCCUUUGAAUACGACAAACAAGCUUUUGUAGUUUGAGGACAAUAAGAGGCUCUUCUCUGAGAGCGACACCUUUCUGUAAGUCGAACACGAACCUCGCUGUCAUGUUACUGAUGUGUGACCGUGACAUUUUCUCUCUCCUCAGCAAUACACGAGUUCCCCGAUGACCUUUUCACCAGCCAAGAACGAAAGAGUGGUGCUGUUAUGCUGCACAUUGUGGCGGUAAGAGGACUUUUUUUUUCUCCCCCUCCUUCAGCCUCUCAUCUUGGAUCGUAUCAGCCUCUCUAGUGCGCACUGGGCUCAGCUGUUUGCAGGUGGAUUUGGACGUUUUUCAUAAAGCAGUUAUUACGACCGCUGAGGCUCUAAAAGCUCAAAAGUAGCACAGUGGGGUAAUGGCUGCAGUUUUGUUUUUUUCCAGUGAACCAUUAAGUGACGCAGAGUUCUGUGCAUUUGUACCAAAACAAAGAAAAAAGAAGGGCAUCGACUAAAUUUGAGUCUGGGGGUUUGUUUUGUCCCUGAUUGAACAAAUAAAAGUAUUUAAAUGAAAAUAAAAUCAGUUACUUUAAUUAACUCGUCUAGAAGUGGGUUUGAAAUGGGCGUGGUUAAGAUUAAAGCUCCUGUGAGGAAUUUUCUGCCUAUAUUGACUGUGGCGCCCCCCUGUGGACAAAGAGGUAACCCUUGUUUCAUUCAACAGUCCCCCUGUUUUCAUUUUACUGUUAAAUUAAUCACUCAGUGAAAAUUCGACAUGGAGAAGGUGAAAAAAAACAACAUACAUUUAGUGUUGUUGCUCUCUAAGGCUGGGCGAUAAACCGAAAAUUUACCAAUACUGAAAUUUACAACAAUAACCAACAUCAUUUUGGCCAUAUCGGUAUAUUCAGUGUCAGACAAAUAAACAAAUCAAAGUUGUUUUUGGAAAUUAACAUUAGUGAAUGAGAUAUGUCUUUAUGACCCGUACGCGUUCGAUGCAGGUGAGUGGAUAAAUGACGAGAAAAAACAGACUUUAGUGGGCAGACAUCCGUUCGUACCUGACAGGACAUCAAGUCUCUAUUAAGAAAAAAAGAAAAACAGUCAACAUACAGCCCUGAAGGAGGACAGUAGUUAGGGCUGGGCGAUAAACCGAUAAUUUACCGAUACAGAAAUGUAAGACUAUAACCGAUGUCAUUUGUCCGUAUCGGUAUAUUCUGGGUCUAAAUCAGUAAGUGUUGGUUUUGGAUGUGUGUAGGUAGGCUAUGGUUUCAUGUCCCUUUAAGACACUGUCCUACAUCAGAGAUGUAGAGGGAAAGACAGGUGAGGAGAUGGAGGACGGUUCAAAAGUUGGAGCAGCUGAAGUAGACGAAGUUAAUGUGGGAGGGGGUGAGCAGCUUGUGGAGUAGUUAUCGUCCAUUUAUCGUUAUCGAGGUGAACUGAUCAAUAUAUGGUGAUAUUGAUUCAUGAUAUAUCGCCCAGCCCUAGAGUCUUUUCUCUUCUUGUCUUGCAAAUGUCUGUUUCUUCUUGUACCAAACAGUUUAUCUGCGUCGUCAGAGGUCACCAUCUUUAAAAUCCACUUUAGAAGUUCCAGAUCUUUUCCCUGAUGGUCUUGUUUUUAUUUUUCAGGUCAUUAAGAAACAUCAGGAUUAGUUUGAGUCCAUUUGUUUACUCACAGGAGCUUUAAUCGGCAACAAAUUAAGUGAUUAAGUGAGUGCUGUUAAAUAAAAAUGCAAGGACCAUGUCAUUCAUAACUCCGAGGAAGCACUAAAGCUGAUAUUUGACAUGCAUGAUAACAGAAAACCAAAGACGUCAUUUCUUUUAUGUGGAUCUGAUCGGUGUAGAGAUGACGAGCUCUGUGUCACAGUUUAAACUUGAUCAUGAUUCAUUUAACAGAAGAGACCAGAGUCCAUUAUUUAGACAGCAUGAGAUCACUCUCCACGUGGAAAUCCCUCCUCGUCCACGUUCGGUCCCGCUAAGCUCCGCAGACUUGUUGUCCCAGAGACUCGAACCACCUAUGGAGUCGUUCAGUAUUGUCGAAGUGCUGCUCUUCAUGCUGGAUUUAACUGGCUUUAAAAAUGUUUAAUCUAAUCCGGGGCUCUAACCAGGAUUUCAGAAAAACGAAGGUCAGUAUCUGCCCCUUUAAAGAGACUCUCUUCAUCCUGAAUCCUCGUUUUUUUUCAAAGAGCCAAAAACACACGAGAGCCGGUGGAUCUUCUUUCCUAGAAUGAAAUACAGUUUGGAAACAGUUUUGAUUCAGCGACGGAUACUUUUAAUAAUUAAUUUUAAGGGGUUCAAGUAUAAGUUAAAGUCUGUCCUAAAGCCUUCACAUUUCAGAGACGAGGGGCUGCAGCUUCACUCUGAAUUUGUCAACAUACAGUUUUGAGUUUUGUGGAUAAAUUCAAACAAGAAAAGAGGAUGUUGGAGAAGAUUGAAACAUCGGAAACGUCCACCACAAACCAGUCACAUAAUUUGAUUUUUAAGGGUUCACCCACGGGGUUGGGGUUAGUGCAAAACGGGUGAGAGAAAAGAGGGUGAGACAAAAAUAACAAAACAACCACAGAAGGAGAGAAGAACAUGUGAUAGAGCUCUGAUGUUUGCAGGUACAUACAGGUGCGUUUAGAUGAAGUCUCCCCCCAUGAUCAGGAUCUGAACCGUCCUGUCUCCACUGCUGAGAGGAGAAUGUAAAGAGUGUGAAUGUGUGUGUGUGUGUGUGAUCAUACUGCAGUCCUGCACUGCCCCCUGUGGAUAGCAUAGAGCAGAGCAGGGCUCCUGGAGCUGACGUCAGAGCUGAUCUAUAAUUUAUAGAUCUGGCCUCGGCUGCUGUGGAUUUUUCAAACCGUGAGUGAAAACGUCUCCUCGCCGGAUUGAUGUUUGGAUUCAAAGCAGGUCAUGUUUUAAUUGGCUGCUGCGCUCUGAGAUUCCCCCUUCGCCCGCCCCUCUGCUCAGCUCAUUUCUGCUGAUUUAGGAUGUAUCCACACACUCACAGACACACACAAACAUCUACUCACACACACACUGUACCUCUCACUCUCCUCUCUCUGCCCACAGACGCUCUACAUGUUUCUGGCCCUGGCAAUAACGUGCGAUGAAUACUUUGUGACAUCGCUGGAGAAGAUCUGUGAGGUACGCAGGAGGAGUCGGGGUCCUCGGAGUCCUCGGAGUCCCCAGUCUUUGAGUCUUGAGCAGGUCCAGGAGGAUUUCUGAGUCUGUUUGAACAACCUGCUCUGAUUUGUCUCUGCAGAAAUUGGACCUGAGUGAAGAUGUUGCAGGAGCCACCUUCAUGGCAGCUGGCAGCUCUGCACCAGAGCUUUUUGCUUCUAUUAUUGGUAGACAAACACACACUUACACACACACACACACACACACUUAGACACACACACUCCUAUGAACAGUUUGUGCAUACACACAGAUGGUUGGUGUCACCGCUGAUCCUGAUUGGCUGCCUCUCUCCCCGUGUGCAGGUGUCUUCAUCACCCACGGCGACGUGGGGGUGGGGACCAUCGUCGGCUCAGCGGUCUUCAACAUCCUCUGCAUCAUCGGCGUCUGCGGGAUCUUCGCCGGACAGGUGUGUGGUUAAGUGUGUGUCUUUGUGUGUGUGUGUGUGAGGGUGACUUCCUGCUGCACUCUAUUUAUUUAUACACUGCAGAGAAACACGUGUGUGUGUGUGUGUGUGUGUGUGUGUGUGUGUGUGUGUGUGUGUGUGUGUGAGCGCCUGAGUUUUUAAUGCGGAGGGAACACAAAGCCAUCUGCUCCACUCGGUGUGGUUUUUUCUCACAACUGGUUGUUGUGGAAGUGGAGAGUUGAACUCUGGAGGAGGUGGAGAUCAUGAAUCUGUUUCAUCUUCAGGAAGUGUCUUUAGAGAAAUGAGCAGAAAAAGUCCCAAACAGAAGCAGUUAAAGAAACAUCUCAGAAACUACAUUUGUGUGUUUUUCUCUGUGAAAUCUCAGGUGGUGAUUCUGACCUGGUGGGCCGUCUUCAGGGAUUCUCUCUACUACAUCUUCGCUGUCCUGGCGCUGAUCGCAGUAAGUUUGUCAUGAUUUUAUCACAGAUGUUCAUACAAAGUUCGGCUUUUAUUCUUCUAUUCUAAGAGAAAUGUCUUUCUUUGUUUUUCAGUUCAUUUACGACGAAAAGAUAGUUUGGUAAGUUUCUCACUCAGCCUGUUUAUGAACAGAUUUGCUGUAUUACUAUUUUUCAAACAUCAAUCAGUCUUUAUUUAUUUUGCACUUUUCAUCCAAAAAAGAUGUAGCAGAAAGUUUUUUACACAGCAGAGGAAUAAAAGAAACAAAGAAAACCUGAAUGUAACCUUAACGAAAUGAAGCUCAAAGAUCUUAUAUUAUCUUUCAUUAUUAAAGUGUAUUAUCCCUUUAAAUGAGUGGAAACUUGAGUUUAAAAAUACAUUUUAUUUAUAAGCGCCUUUUUGGACAUUCAAGGAAACUUAUAUAAAAUAAUAAUAAAUAAUAUAUAAUAUAUUAAAAUAAUAUAAUAAAAACAGCAGGAUAAAAGCGAGAGAGAAAACAAAACAAACAAAAAAUAUAUAUAUAUGUAUGUAUGUAUGUAUGUAUAAUUGACGAACAAAAACUUUAGUUUAUUAUCGUUCUGAUGUUAAUCUUGUUUUCUUCUCUUCAUCAGGUGGGAGAGUUUGGUGCUGGUGGUCAUGUAUGCUGGAUAUAUUCUUGUCAUGAAGUAAGUUCUUCCUCUUUUACACGAUUUUCACCGCGUUAUUAUUCAACCCCCAAAAGACCCCCUUUUUUUUCAGAGUGUUGGUUUAAUUAAAGUGGAGUUUUUAACAGGAAGUACCUCAAAGUUUGACUGAUAAGCGCUCUUUGUUCCCGUCGGUCGCCCUGCAGCGGUCUGAGCGUGUGCAGAAUGGUUAAACUCUCCCACACCUGGUUCCUGUGGGCUGAUUAAUAUGACCGACUGUGGGCUCGGCAGCUUCACAGAGAGAGGGGUGGGUUUCCAGCUGGAGGGGAGGGUCUCAGUCAUGUCCCCUCACCAGAUGUUAGCUGAAGAUUCGGCCCAGAAGCUGCAAAUAUUGCUCCCAUAAUGCAAAUUAAUGACGCAGUUUCACUCGGCUCGGACACAAGUUUUGUUGUUUGCAGAAAUGUGCGAUUGUUGACUGGAUGCAGAGAUGUGAAUGAAUGCAUAUUUUAGAUUUAUUUUCUUCACCAUGUCCUGAAAACUCCUCGUCUAUUCUUCAUUAUGCACAGAAAUAUAGAUUUAAAUCUGCCAUAUUUGUGUCUUUACAGUCCAAACUGCAUAAUACCACCCACACGGUCGUGCUCCUCUGUCUCUGUCCAGCUGGUAAUCUGUGUAACACUCAGCAGCAGCAGCAGCAGUCUGCUCGCUCUCUGCCAUAAGAGUUUAAUCUUUCUCCCUCUGCAGCGGCUAAGAGCACCGGCUUAACCAGAUCACUCCUCUCCUUUCUCAUUUGGAGGAAAGAAGUGCUUACUGUAGGAUAUGCUGUCAUAUGUCUCCCCUUUCCCAAAAUACCCGCUGACAAUUUUAGGCCUGUUCCAGUCAAAAUGCAGCAGAGUGGGUUUUAAAUAGAGCGAUCAGUGCUCUCUGGGGCGACCUCCUUUGGCCCUGCUGAGACGAUUUUUCCCUCCUAAAAUAGCACACAUGCUCCUUUAUGUAAAAUAAAUCAAACCACAGUGAAAAUAUGAGAAUAUAACGGCUGAAAAUAUCAGAAUAAAACUGAAGAAGUAAAACAUGAGCAUUUUCUAACAGGAGUCAAAUAUACUUGAUGCAAAAAUGGACAUAACUCACCGAGCAUUGUUCAGUCAAAGACAUUCAAUAGACAUCUGGGCUAAAAUGGGUCUGCCACUUGUCUAAAAAUGAACGACUUUUAGCCGUCUAAUAGACUAAACUACACUGUAAAUUGAUCAAUGACUGAUAAAAAUGUUUUAAUCCAACAUUUAGCCAUGAUUUAUACAACUUACAAUUGUUUUUUUAUUUAAUAUUUGAUAAUUAAUGGAUUAAAUUCUAUCAUCUAGAUUCAGGCUAAAAUAGAGACAGAUUAUAGACGGUGAAUUUCUGUCUAAAAUAAGAUGAGAUGUCUAAUAGACAUAUAAGGUUCAGUGGAAAUGUGGUGUUAAAACCUGUAAGAUCACACCCACUACCAUCCUCAUCUUCAACCAGAUGAGUGAAACACUUUACAGCAUUUAUCGAGUUACAGUGGAGAGGAAGAACUUCAUUUAACAGGCAGAAACCUCGAGCAGAACCAGACUGAUGUUAGACAGUCAUCUGUCUGAGAUUGAGAGAGAAAAAGAAAGAGGGAGAGAUGGACAGAGGUGAGACUGCAGGUAGAUUAUCAACACAAGCACAGACUCUCUGAUGUUGUUUUUAUGAGUAAAGUAGGGCUGCACGAUCUUGGCCAAAAAUGAAAUCCAGAUUUUUCAUUCAGUGACAACUUCACCAAACUUUACUUCAAUAAUAAAAAGUUUUUCUAUCGUCUCUCAAAAUGAAACCGCUGAAAAUAAUGUAGUUCAUAUGCCAAGCCAGUAAGUGGCGCUGUAACGCUGCACAGGAAAUGCACAAAAGACAGAAGAAGAGAACAGAGCAUGUGUAUAAAGGUCGUUUUGGCGCCAUAAAAGAGUUACUCUGUGUGUCACAUGAUCGUUUCCAGAGAUGCAGAUAGACAUCCACACGGAGAUGAAAUGGUCGUCGUUUACAGAUUUAUUCACUCUCUGACCCGUUUUCAAAACGUACCAUUUACAGUCACCUGAAACACCGCUACGACAAAAAACUUUAGCGUUUCCUCCUGAAUUCGUUUCCGUGGUGACGGGUUGAUACCGCCUUCAGACAGACUUUACAGCAGGCAGUGGUUUGCUCUUCAUUUGAAACUGUGAAGUUGUACCAAUUCAACACGACUGACUCGCUCUUGUCCUAUUUAACCACAAAAUUAUCGCCUUCUUUUGCAAACGCCAUGUUUGUUUACACUGGUGUUUGUGGGAACUGGUGUGUGCUCCCGCAGGAAGGGUGAGCCUACGGUGGCCUGGAGAGGAAAAUCGAUUUGAGGACUUUAAAUUUUUUAACAUCAACAUUGGGAUUAAAAAUCGAUGAAUCGUGCAGCCCUAGAGGAAAGUAAUCUCCAGCUCAGCUAAAGCUAACUGUUGCGUAUUAUAAAUUAAAGUGAUGAACUCUAACAGGUGUACUGCUGCUGUCUGAAAGAGUGUAUGUCCAGAAAUGACCUGCAAACAUUAACUGUGCAUAAAUAUGGAUGACACACCUCCACCUCCUUCUGUAAAAGCAAAACCAAAAUUAGAUCAAGGUCAUGAUCACUGGAACUGUCUUCAUUUCUUUUUAAUUAGAAUUAACAUUUACAACUACAUGUAGUCAAACACAAGAGUGAGAAAUUCUAAGUAUUGGAACCAGAGGGCUGAUGGGAAGGCGAAGUCAACACACUCAAACACUUUCAAAAUGAGACGCCGUGAUUUUCUGUAAACUACCCGACGGUUCGAGAGUUAAUGUUAGCUUUGAAGGAAACAGCCGAGUCUCCUCUGCGCUCGUUUGGUUCAAAGGAAGCAGGAGUCGGGAUCCGUUUUCAUGUAAUGGCGCUCAGAUUGUCUCAGCGAAGGUCUUAUCAAACGAUGAAAGCGCUCUGAUGGGCUUCUCUGGGAGUUUCUUUCAUUAUCAUUUCUAAAAUAGAGCUGCUGCAUAUUUCAGCCGUUCUCCUCCUGCAUAAUGCUGAUGCCAUCCUCUCAAACUGGGUCACCUUAAACAUCAUGUGCUUUCUAUAGAGGUGUACAGAGAGAGAGAGACGCAGCGUUUUGAACCCGCUGAACCCUGAACGUCCGACCUCUAAUUCAGAUGUUCUGGAUCUUCUCAGGUUCAACUCCAGCAUGCAGAGAUUUUUCAUGGGGAAGUCGAAGAAGAAGAACGUGGCCAACGGUAACGCCGCAGCCAGCAGUGAGAUGGAGGACGGUAAUACUAGUUAUGACUAUGUUUCUGAUGACGACCCGUCAUCGCCUUUACUCGCCAAAGGUAAGGUUAAUCAGACAGGCUGGACACACACAAGAUUCUGUCGUGUAGGGGUGAUCUAACCGCGUGUGAUUCUCUUCUGUUAGCUGGUCUGCUGCGGCUUUAACCUUCGCUUCUGUCUAACUAUCGAACUGUCUGAUUCGCUUCAGCUUCUACUUUCCUCAAAAUUCACAAAAUUCACAAAAACACGAGAACACUGAUACCAGACGACAAAAGUUGGACUGCACCACCCGGAGGAAGACGGUUUGUCAAGUUUCUGUCAUAUUUCUAAAGUCAUUCAGUCGUGUUCCUCCGUUUAUUGUGGCCACUUUUAGACGGAAACGGUCUCCAUAGAAAACAGAAAAAUGUAGUUUGGUUUAGGGGGGUCCGUUUAGACGGCAACAAAGUGAAAACCCCCUCCAGAGUGGAAAUGUUGUAAACGCUCUGCUCGUCCCGCUUUCGUCCAAAGUACAAAAACGCUGAAAACAGUCGAACCUGUGACGUCCUGGCUCACGUCGGCUCACGCUUUUGACAUCAUAGCCUUGAAAAUAACAACAACAGCCAUGCUCGACACUCAAGUCGCGCUGUCGUUAUUAUUGAACGGGCAGGAGCUCAACUUUGACCCGUACAGAAUCCUCACGGAUCAUACUGCUCAGCAGAGGAGGCGUCUGAAUUAUUUGUAUCAAAUAUUAAUGUAUUAAUUAAUGUAGAACAGAAGUUGUUCUACGUUUGCGUUGUUGGUCUAUAUGGGAGCGCGGUCACACCGACGCGCCACCUAGCGACCUGGCAUGCACAUUACAGCGUUUUCAACCACAUUCGGUUUUUGUGUAAACGCAGCAUAAAAACUGAAAAUUAAACGGCAAUUUUCCGUUUUCUAUGGAGACCGUUUCCGUCUAAAAGUGGCCUUGGUCGCCUCGCUGACUCUGAGUCUAAGUUUAUGUGUGAUGAAGAAAACCGGAGCUUCUCGAGGCUGAAUGAAGAUCGGCUUUAAUCUGCUCUCAGUGAAGCAGUUUAAUGUCAGCGGACUUUGUUGUCUGAGGUUUUUAAACUUCAGAUUGUCCAGAUAAAAUCUUGAACGUCAUGUUUGGAUGAGAUUUCAUGACUCUUCCUCUUUUUCCUUCUUUACGAUCUUUCUAAAACCUCUUCUUCAGUGACAUCUAACCCCUCAGAGAUAUUUAACCUUUCCCACUUUGGCUGCAUCCGUGUUAACCCGCCUGUCUGUUUAGCCUUACUAAACUGACUCUCGCUUGUUUUGUGCUGCUGUGUGUUUCUGUUCUCUCUGCUUGCAAACUACUUCUCUCCCUCUGCCGGUCUCUGGGGCGCAGACCCACUCACUUCUGAAGUGGUAAUGAAUUUCACAAGAGGAAACGUCUGUUUACGCUCUUAAUUUAUGUGCAUUCUGGCAUGCAUAAUUAGUCAAAUUAAUCCAGAGUUAAACCAAUACUUUUUCAAAUCCUCACAUGCUAAUUGUAAGCGCUGGGGAAAUGAGGAUUACAGGUUCUCAAUAAAACAUGUUUGUGUUUUUAGUUUUAUUGUCCGGGAGUUUUUUAUCCUCCAUGUUUCAGGUUUUGAAAAGUAAAUCCUAGUCCAGCUCUUAUACAUAUUCACGAGCGGUCGGCAGACUUCAAAGCUGCACCCGGCGAUCUGAGGGAGCCGUUUGAAGUCCAGAACCAGAACCGGUGUUGCAUCAGUAACCGCACUUAAUACGGUCGAGCUUACACAGCAGGAGUGUGAUGUUUUAGAGCGAGGAGACGAGAGGGGGAAUGUGAGACGAAGAAAUGACACGACAGAGCGGGAGUUAUUUUUGGACGAGAGUCGAGUAAAUUAAGACUGAUUCAUUAACAUUUAUAUCAUGAAUCAUGCAAAUAAACGAGAGGUUCAUUAGGUUUAAUGUGUUUAGAGAUAAAUAAAAUACUUAAGGAUCUGAGUUAGUUCCAGUUUUUAGGAGAAAUCUUGAGUGUAAACUCUACCCCCUCCCAACCAGUAGGGGUCAGUGAUACAGUAUGAUUUUUUAUAUUUCUGCAUUUCAGCUCUGUAUGAUAAACACCAAAUAAUAACAGGGUUUCUACUGAGUCUUAAAAAGUCUUUAAAAUGUCUAAAAUUCUCUUGAAACCUCAUAAAAUGUCUUAAAUUCAAAUUUGAAUAUUGAUGUUAUUUAAGAUUGAUUUUAAGUUAGUUUGAAAUGUUCCAAUAUCCCUUUAUGUCUUUUGCACUUUUUUGCCAGUAUGGAUAUGGAUAUAAAAUGGAUCUUAAAUUAUAUCUGUUAUGGUCUUAAAAAGUCUUAAAAAGUCUUUAAAAUGUCUUAAAAUGUCUAAUAAAUCCAAUUAUUUGAACGAAGGGCCUUUUAAAAUGUCUAAAAUUCUCUUAAAACUUGAAAAAAUGUCUUAAAAUACAAAUCUUAAUGGUCAUAAAAAUGAUUCGCUGUUACUUACAAAUAAAGAUUGAUUUUAAGUUAUUUUUAAAUGUUCCAAUUUCCCUUCAUGUCUUUUGUACUUUUUUCCAGUAUGGAUGUAAAACAGAUCUUAGAUUGUUUUCAUUAUCAUCUUACAGUCUUAAAAACUCAAAUAAUUUGAAUUCAAGGUCUUUAAAAUGUCUAAAAUUCUCUUAAAACGUCAUAAAAUGUCUUAAAUACAAAUUUGAAUAUUGAUAUACUUACCAAUAAAGAUUGAUUUAAAGUUGGUUUAAAAUGUUCCCAUUUCCCUUCAUGUCUUAUGCCAGUAUUGAUGUAAAUGGAUCUCAAAUUGCAUUGAUUUAAGGUCUUAAAAAGUCUUAAAAAGUCUUAAAUUUGACUUGUUGAAACCUGCAGAGACCCUGAAUAAGGUAAACAUGUCCUGUGGACCAGAAACAGUGUUGUUUGAGGUUCUAGAUUACAUGACCCUGUCUGCUUACCAAGCCUCCUGUUCUUACCUGCAGUUUUGAGCUGAGCUGACUGAAAUCCAUCGACGUUAAACUCAAACAGCCUCACCUCAAAAAUACUGAAAUUUUCCUUUUUAAGUCCGUCAGGUUGAGUGGCAGGAGGAAUAUUUUACUGUUGCUUUGGGAAACACUCGUCUGUCUGAGACGAGGAGUUCAGACUUUUGUUUUCAAUCACAUUAAAAUGUCACUUCACUCAGAUUCUGGUUCGAGGGAAAAAUGGACGUUGUCGUCGAAGAAUUGCCUGGUGCAGCUUUAAAUCUGACUCAGCCGCCCUGUUGUGUUAACUCUGGAGACAUUUUAGUGAAAUAAGGACCUCCUGAUGCUGAAACCUGUCUUUAAAUCAUCUCUGCACUUUAGAGGUGAAUAAUUAUGAUUUUCUGUCCUUCUUCACAUCAUCCCAUCCUCCAGUCAAGCCCAGCAAAGCGUACAGCCGCGGCUCGGUGGUGAUGGUGGACGAGAUCAUGAACGCCAGCCCUUCAAAGUUCCGGUUCCCUGAAGCCGGCCUCCGCGUCAUGGUCACCAGCCAUUUUGGACCCAAGACCCGUCUGCGCAUGGCCAGCCGCCUCAUCAUAACUGAGGUACAGCGGGGCGUUGAUGCUCCAGUAGGAAGAUUUAGUUUCUUCAGAGAAGUUCUCAAGAGUCUCCUUAUCUCGCUCAGACAGCUUAGAUGUGUUUGUUCUUUUCAUAUCCGACUGCAGAAGCAUGAAUUAUAAAAAGGAAAAUGAUUGAAGCGGAGCAGUUUAAGUAGAAACGUGUCUCCUCAUGUGCUCUAUGACUUAGUGCCUUUUUUCUAAAAGCGACAGAAGUUGGUCCAAGCUGCGAAUGGAGUGGAGACACAAGUGAUUGAUGGGAAGGUUGAAAUCGAGAACGGGAACGUGCCGGAGGACAAACCGACCGAGCCGGAGGAAAACGAGACCAUCUCACCGUUUCAUAUUCCAAGUACGCAACUCACGAGUUCAAAAGAAGUCACUGGUUUUAGAUGAGAUCAAAACAAACCGGAUCUGUGACGUGUGUUUCUACCUCAGGAGGCAUCGGCAGUAAGCUGAAGUGGCUCAUCUCGUGGCCUCUCCUCCUGUUGCUGUUUUUCACCGUCCCGAACUGUGCCAAGCCCCGCUGGGAGAAAUACUUCAUGCUCUCCUUCGCCCUCUCCACCGUCUGGAUCGCCGUCUUCUCCUACUUGAUGGUCUGGAUGGUGAGUGUGUGAUACUUCUGUGGGAGGAAGUAACUCAGAGGAGUGUCUGACCAUCAAACUUUCGGGGUAUAACUUUUAUAACCGUUUCUGAGUUUUGACGGUUUAUUUCUCUCAGGUGACGAUAAUCGGUUACACUCUGGGGAUCCCUGACGUCAUCAUGGGCAUCACUUUCCUGGCAGCGGGCACCAGCGUCCCCGACUGCAUAGCCAGUCUUAUUGUGGCGCGGCAAGGUACGAGAGCUUUUCUUCUAUCGCAUUAGUAAGAGUGGGUAGUCACUGAAAUCUGACCAAACAUGAACGCUGUCAGGAUCUCUGUCUUCAGCAGAUGGAGUUUACAUGUACCAAAGCCGAGAGCGGCCAUGGAUUUUUAUUUUUUUAUGCACUGUUAUCUUGUGAUUAUUAUCUUGAUCUUGUGAUUAUUAUCUCAGUAUAUCAGUUCGUUUUCUCAACAUAUUUCUUUUCAUAAUCUCAAUAUAACAAAGUGUGUUUUGUCAACUUUUUUUUGUUAUCUUAAUGUAACAAAGUUUGUUAUCUCGACUUAUUUUUGUCAUCUCAAUAUAGCAGUUUGUUUUCUCAACUUUUUUCAUCAUCUCUCUAUAACAAAGUUCAUUUUCUCGACCUAUUUUUUUGAUUAUUUCAGUAUAACAUAGUUUGUUUUCUCGACUUAUUUUUUUCUUCGUUAUCUCGAUACAAAAAAGUUCAUUUUCUCGACUUAUUUUUUUUGUUAUCUCAAUAAAAAAGUUCAUUUUCUUAACUUUUUUUUUUCGUUAUCUCGAUAUGACAAAGUUUAUUUUCUCAUGAUAACGGGAGCGGUGUUUUAGCUGACCUCAACGGUUACUUUUAAAAACGCCCAGCCGCCGGUCUGCUGUCAACAGCAAGUCAAGUUUUCCCUUAAAACACUCACAGCACACUCCAUUUUCUGCAUGUACAUUACACUUCCAACGAAUCGUGCAUGGCAGAUAAAUGUUCCUACGCUGAAAGUGUAAUGCUUAUGCGCAAAAUGUAGAGUGCCUUUAGUGUUUUCAUUGAAAACUUGACUUACUGUUGCCAACGGUGGCUGCUGCGUUUCAGAAAUAUCCUAAUCUAGAGGGCGCUUUUAAAAGUAACCGUUGAGGUCGGCCUUAAUGCAAUUUCUAUUAUCAUGAGAAACUAACUUUGUUAUAUCGAGACAAUUAAAAAAAAUAACUUGAGAAAAUGAACUUUGUUAUAAUGAGAUAAUGAGAUAAGUUGUUAUCCCGAGAUAACAGUGCAUAAAGAAAAUAAAAAUCCAUCACCAUUCCUGGCUUCCAUAAAUGUUCUUAUUUUAAACAUUUUUAAAACCAAAGUCUCUAAAAAUAUGUUUUCCUCUUUAUUCGAUCAAAAAUAUUUUAACAACUUCAUGUGUUUUUGUUUUUUUUAUUUUAGGAUUGGGUGACAUGGCGGUGUCCAACACGAUUGGCAGUAAUGUGUUUGAUAUUCUGGUGGGACUGGGGGUUCCCUGGGCGAUACAGACCAUAUGUGUCAGCUAUGGAUCAGAGGUAAGAAGCUGUAAUCAUUAAAAGAGCUUAAACUCGGUUAAAACUGUGAUACUGUUCACUUUAGUGGAAGAAACACACAAAACAAGCGAGUCUGGAUCCCUUUAGUUGUUGAUUUGUCUCUGUGUUUGUUUUAGGUGAUGAUCAACAGUCGGGGUCUGGUCUACUCUGUGGUGCUGCUGCUGGGAUCUGUCGCCCUCACGGUGAGAUAUAGACGAUGUUUUAUGAAACAGAGGUUGAUAACGGCGCCGUCAUUACCGCUCGAGUUCCUGUUUGGCGUCUCUCAUCGGUGACUGGUUCACUGUUACGCAACAGUGACUUAACCAAGUUAUGUAAUUGGUUCAUGAAAAUGUUAAAAUUCAGAUUUGUAAACAUUCGGAGUCUUCACACGAAAAUCUUCUGGCACAAAUGAAGUGAUGAAUUUUUAAUUUCUGAAUAAGUAGGACAAGAUUUUUUGUCGUAAUAAUUAAUAGGAACCUUUUAUCGCUCCUCCGGUCAGAGUUGAAAAAGUCAAGAUCGAAAUUUAUUCACAAUCUUCAUCAAUAAAUAAAUUAAAGUUGAUUCUUCAGCUUUAAAGUCAGUGCUCGGAUAUUUUCAGACUUGAUUCUGAAAAGUUCUCCUGAAUCCUCUCUGACGAUUCUCUGUGUCUCCAGGUUUUGGGGAUCCACCUGAACAAAUGGCGGCUGGACCCGAAGCUGGGCGCGUACGUCCUCAUCCUGUACGCCGUCUUCCUCUGCUUCUCCAUCAUGAUCGAGUACAACGUCUUCACCUUCGUCAACCUGCCCAUGUGCAUGGAGGAGUAG